AUGGUCUCCCAGCCUGACCACUCGUCGCUCUCGGGCUCGGGCGCCUCCUCCGGCUCGACGACCCUCCUCAACCUCCGCAGCGCCGCCAAAUCCGUCCACCACGACCGCCGCCACUACAACCGCUCCUACGCUGGCGGCCCCAGCGCCUAUGUCCCACAAAACGAGUUCCCCUGGUUUAGCCACUCGGGCGACGUCGAGAUCAUCGUCAAGGUCCCCAGCGGCCAUGAGAACCGCUACCUGCUGCACCGCCACACCCUGACCCGGUGCAGCGGCUUCUUCGAGGCCAGCACCAGCGAGGUCUGGAGCCGCGCCAAGGAGCUGCCUGCUCCUGCUGCUGUCGUUUCCUCGCCCUCGGCCUCGACGACGGGGAGCGAGCUGGCGAGGAUAGGCGAGGACGGCCUUGCCGGGUCGACCAACAACACAGGCGGCGCGCUCACCAGGGUGGGUGGCCCGCCGAGGAAAAGGUGGCGGUACGAGCUGGACUGUGGCGCUGGCGGGGACGACAUACCGAUGCUGGUGCAGAAGGAGGAGAGCGGUGGCGGAGACCGUACCUUGGCGGCGGCCAGCUCCUUGACGAGCCCAACAUCCAUCUUCGGCUCGGCCACGGGCAGCAGCGUCUCCUCCAACGGUGGAGGCAGGAAACAACACGGCCACUCGCACUCGUCAUCGCGCGACUACUUCCGCUCUGUGGCCAACCUAUCUCUCACCUCGCCCACCGGCGGCCAGGCAGGGUACAGCUACCCGCCGCUGCCGCCCACCACAACGGCCGCCGACCUACCCCCACCAACGCAGGACGAGCAGGACAUCCUGCGCGACUACGACAACCUCUUCCGCAUCAUGUACAACCACCCACCUGUCCUGGACGGGAUCAACAUCGCCGACGCCUACGUGCAGUGCAAGUCCCUCCUGACCCUGGCCGACCAGUACGACGCCCUGACCGUCGUGGGGCCUCGUGUCGACCACCACCUGCUGCAGUUCCAGAGCCGCCUGUGGAAGCAGAUCGCAAAGUAUCCCAUCAGCUACCUGCGCCUGGGCUACCUCGCCCGCAGCCGCAUCAUCUUCCAGGAGGCCCUGAUCCACGUCGUCGGCCAGUGGCCCGCCGGUGAGCGGAGCCUGCGCAACACCAUGCCCGAGGCCGUCAUCGACAUCAUCGAGGACAAGGUCGAUGAGCUCGAGGAGACGGUCGCCCGCGUCGAGGGUCGACUGUUCCGCCUGAACCUCACCACCCGCUCCGGCGAGCGCGUCACCCCUGCUACUGGCUACCUCGACUGGCUUGCCGUCAGCCUGUUCCGACAGUGGCUGGCCGACAACACCACGCCUGCGCCCGCCCCACCCCAACCCGGCUCAAGAGGAGGUGGAGGAGGAGGAGGUGGUGGUGGUGGUGGAGGAGGAGGCGGAGGCGGAGGCGGAGGUGGCCAUAAUUCGGCCAACACGGGCCGACACAGGACAAACACGGCCAACUCCACAGCACUUGUGCCCACCUCCUCCAACACCAACACGGGAAUCUCCCCCAUCCCCGUCAUCCCGCCACUAUCGUCACUGGGCAGGACCUACAGGACACUAGGCCAUCCCACAGGCGCCGGGUUCCUGAGCCACGACGAGUGCAAGCGGUUCCUCAAGCUGACGCCCGACAUGUACAGCCGCGACAACCUGCGGCGGUUCGAGAAGAGGGUCGACGAGCUGAAGGCGCUCGCGCGCGAGGUCGUCAGGCCGCUCAUGGGGACGGGGCUCGAGCUGGACCUGACGGGCGGGAGCCGGGCGGCGGAGGCGAUUGGGUAUUUGACGUGCACGCGCGUGGGAGAUCGGGAUCUGCCAUGGGAUUGA